AUGUCUCCCGUUUCGACCGACGGGAGUGAAUGGUCCGGGAUAAAUCAGUAUUCACUCCCUUCGCCCAAUUCAGUCCGUGGAUUUCCUACUCCGCCGCAGUCUGGCCCUGUUGCUCCGUCUCAUAAUGGCCCUUCAGACACUACGAAGAAUGUCGCAGAAGGCGUCGCCUCCAAGUUCCGUUACCUCUCCGUCCAGAGUGAGUGA